AUGUCGAUCGAGAUGGCGAUAGGUCGACUCAAGGUCGUCGACAGCGAUGAGCCACAGUCUCUCUCGGGGCCCAUCACCACUGGCGGGAAGCUCCUUCUCACUCGGGAGCAGUGGGCUGCCUGCCAAGGUGACCGGAAGAAGGGGGAGCCUUCUUCCGCGACAGGCGGCCGCAAGCGUGGCAAGCUGCGCAAGGCGCGCAGAGACGCCCAGGCCGGGGCGCUAGGACGUGCUGAGGGUGAUGCCCGCGGAGGCGCCCAGGGCGGCGCCGCUGGCAAGUACAAGCCAGCACGAGACGACACCUGCCGCAACUGCGGCCAGCUUGGCCAUUGGGCCAAGGACUGUGGCACAACCCCUCUGUCUCGCUACUCGUCGGGAUGA